AUGGCGUUCGAGCUCCCAAACGAUUUCAGGUGCCCGAUCUCCCUCGAGAUUAUGUCCGACCCGGUUAUCAUCCAAUCGGGUCACACUUUCGACCGCGUCUCCAUCCAAAAGUGGAUUGAUUCCGGCAAUCGGACAUGCCCCAUCUCCAAGCUCCCCUUGUCUGAAAGCCCUUCCCUGAUUCCCAACCACGCCCUGAGGAGCUUAAUCUCGAACUUCGCUCACGUCAGCCCCGAGCAAGAAGAUCACUCCCACUCCCAAUCCCACCCCUCAAUCUCCACUCUCGUUUCCCGAUCGUCGUCUCGCGAGUCGAGGCUCGAGUCGCUGACCCGGCUCGUCCGCCUCACGAAGCGAGACUCGUCUGUACGGAGGAAAGUCACCGAGUCGGGAGCGGUUCGCGCGGUUUUGGACUGUGUUGACUCGGUCGAUCGGGCUUUGCAGGAAAAGUCUCUGUCUUUGCUUCUGAAUCUCAGUUUGGAAGACGAUAACAAAGUGGGUUUGGUCGCCGACGGUGUGGUGAGACGGAUAGUCGCGGUUUUACGGGUCGGGUCGCCCGAUUGCAAAGCGGUUGCCGCUACUCUGCUAACGAGUUUAGCUGUCGUGGAGGUGAACAAAGCGACUAUUGGGUCGUACCCCGAUGCGAUCUCUGCUCUUGUUUCUUUUCUCCGGCACGGGAAUGACCGGGAGAGGAAGGAGUCGGCGACGGCUCUUUACGCUCUCUGCUCGUUUCCGGAUAAUAGAAAACGGGUUGUGGAUUGCGGGUCGGUGGGGAUACUUGUUGAGGCGGCUGAUUCGGGGAUGGAGAGAGCGGUGGAGGUGUUGGGGCUUUUGGUUAAGUGUAGAGGAGGGAGAGAGGAGAUGAGUAGAGUGAGUGGCUUUGUUGAGGUGUUGGUUAACGUUUUGAGGAAUGGGAGUUUGAAAGGGAUUCAGUAUUCUCUGUUCAUCCUCAAUUGCUUGUGUUGUUGUAGCCGAGAGAUCGUUGAGGAGGUUAAGAGGGAAGGUGUGGUUGAGAUAUGCUUUGGUUUGGAGGAUAAUGAGAGUGAGAAAGUCAGGAGGAAUGCUACUAACUUAGUCCAUACUUUACUUGGGAAUCCGAUGGAAGCUUAAUAGGAUCAGGCUUUUGUCAUCGGUGGUGGUUUUGGGGAUUGUAGUUCUGUUGUUUUUGUGUUGUCUGGUCUGAAUGUGGAGGUAAGUUGGGGGGGGGGGGGUGUGGUGGUUUGUUGUGCUGGAUUCUCCUCUUGUAGUUCAUGUACAAAUGAAAGGAAGAAAACAAAAAAGGCUUAGGUUUUCAACAGAGCAAAAUGCAAAUGCUUUCUUAAGGUUUUCGUUUUAUGUACAUUCAAAGAAAUAAAAGGAUCAUACAGAUAAUUCUUCUUCAACAAAAUUGUAAUCUUUUACCAUUUUCAUAGUGUUUUAAUGUCUUCUCUGUUGAGUCCAACCAUUAGUUGUAAGUAUUCAUUCUUACAUAAAUGUUUAAUGUUUUGAUCAAUGAAGCAUUUCAUUUUCAUA